GACAGAAUUUAAUUGACAUUUUAACACAAACAAAGCAAUUUACUGUUUUUCACUGGUAGCCAGUUUUUGGAAUAUAAGUUAUCCGCAAUACCUUUAAAUAAUACAUAAAAUAGAGCAAUCUAGCAUUAAUCAUCAAAAUGGGGGUCCUCGAAUGGAAGAUGUGUAACUUCUUCAAGUUGGAGGCGUUGAACGUCAACAGCAAAUAUGCCAAUAUUAAGGACACAAUAACUUCAAACUGCAGCAAUAUGCAAUAUAAAGUAUUUUGCAAUAAUAAUGGUUAUGUUUAUGUCUUCUUAGGAGAUUGGGAGUGUAUCUCAUUUCAAGCAUCAAACAGUGCCAUUAACUUCUGCACCAUUACGGAUGAGUCAGAUUUGCUGGUCAUUCACGACGAAGGCUCCGCGACGGAAAAGCUGCUUAAGAUAUACAGUGUGUCCAAGUUACUAAAACGGCGACCAACAGUACCAGUGAGUUGUGCCACGCUGGGACGUCAUUGCAAAGUUACCACAUUAAAAUCAUAUUACCUAGAGAAUCAGUUGUAUUUAGCUGUUGGUUUGGAGAAAGGUCACAUUCUCUUGUACAAGUCUACAAUAUCGAGAGACAUAACUGGUUCGGCAAAAACUUUGCAAGUUUGUGGAAAACCAAUAAAAGGCAUCGAAUUUCUUCAGAAAGACCGUGGAGAUCUUAAUAUGUUUGUAUGCUCGGACGCCGGAGUGUUCUGUUACAGUCUCAUAUCGGCAAGUGGCAAUCACACGGAGCACAAAAUUAUUCUUGACGAUGAAAUGGAGGCGGUCAGCUGCUGUGCACUGAAGCCCCGCCGAGAGCCCAACGAUGAACAGUACUUUGUUGUGGGUAAACAAGAUGCCGUCUAUUGUUAUACGAUUGAAGGCAAAGGACCCUGUUUUGCUUUGAAAUGCUCCAAGCAAAUAGUAAGAUGGUUUGGAAAACAUCUGAUUGUGGUGAAAUCGAAAAUUUCCGUCAAUAACACCAAACGCUCCCAGCUAGUCAUUAUAAACAUCGAGAACAGCAUGAUGGUCUUGAAUGAGGAACUUUUCGAAAUAGAGUGCAUUUUUCCCACUCCUGAUUAUGAGAAUUGCAUUAUUUUUACAAAAGAUGGGGCAAUAUAUACUCUACGCGAUCAGGAAAUCCGCUAUAAAUUGCAAAUGCUUUACAGCAAGAAUUUGUACGACAUAGCACUGAAACUCAUAGAAGGUCAGGCAACGUAUUCCGAUUUGGUUGCCAAUGUGUUUGUGAAUUAUGGCGAUCACCUUUUGCAACGUGGUGAUAUCGAGGAAUCAGUCAAAAUGUAUGUUAAAACGAUAGGCCAGGUGCCGCCUUUCCGAGUAAUAAGUAAGCUUUUGAACUUCAGAUACAAUGAGCACUUGAUACAAUAUCUGCGCAAAUUGGUCAAAAGUGGAGUGGCACCACAAGAGUACUCGGAUCUACUAAACAACUGCGACAAACGGCUAGAAUUGCCAGGUAGCAUAAAUAAAAUAUUCCGAAAUGGAGAGUGCCCCUUCGAUUUGGAUUCAAUAGAACCAAUGGGUCAAGAAAAGGAUAUCACCAAAUAUUUUUUGGAAAAAAGUGAAAAAGGGCUUGAGUUAUUUUCGGAAAAUGGUCAUUGGAUUGUCAGCAAUUACCCCUUUGAUGUGGGAGAUAUAGUGAAUCGUAUUUUGUCUAAUGGACUGACAUCUGCUCACCAGCCCAUAGACCUCUUCAUAAGGGUGAUGCUACCCCUACUGCUGUCCAAUAAAGAGUGCGUUUUGAAUGUACUCAGUUCGCUAGAUUUUGAUUACAGAAAAAAUCCAAAUAUUAAUCUAAUAUGGGCAGAAAUUUUGCUGCAAAAAUGGAAGAAGUUUUCGGGCGAAGAAAUUAAUGCUUUGGCCGAUGCCAUUAAAGAAAAUGAUUUCAACAUGAGCAUGAAUGACAUUUUCAUAAUUUGUCGUACCCAUCAAUAUCUGCCUGGCAUCAAGAUGAUGUACGAAAGUUUCGGUCUAAAUGCGCUCAAUUUUAAUAGCUUCCUGAAAUGCUGUUUUACAUUGCCUUUAGAUACCAGCGCCAUCGACUUGGACACAAAUAAGUACUCACUAAUGUGGAUGCAAACUUUGAGCAAGGACAAUUUGCAGUCAGCACAAUCGUCUGCCUUCGUAAAGUAUAUUUUGAGUAAAACACUUCACAGUAAUUCCCACUAUACACUGACAAUACUCCAGAAGAUUUCGGCAAAUACAAAUUUCAACUUAUCGCAUUUAAACAAAGCUUUACCAAAGGACAUUUUUCUAAAACAGUUCGCCUUUGACAACUUCCGCGAUAUUGCAGCGACAGAUAAUAAGCUUAAGCAAAUCAAAAGACUUUUGACAGACUAUCAACAAAAGCCCAUGGAGUUUCGUAAUAGCAAAUGUGAUAUUUGUAAACAACCACUAAAACAUCCAUCCAUUUACUAUUUGUGCCAGCAUUCCUAUCACAAAGAAUGUCUUUCUUCAUAUUCCGAAAUAACUGGUUGUUUGGCAUGUGCUGCAAUUUCUCAAAAGGAUUUCGAACGAAGGAACUCCGAAGUAAUUCCCUUCAAUAAAGCCGAGGAUGCGAGUAGCACUCUCAAAAAUAUUUCACAUAAAUUAGCCGUAGGAGUUUUUGCACAAGGUCCAAUUUAUCGAUCUAACAAAAGCAGCCUUUCGACGGUUGUCACCCACAUACCAUUGGCAAACAGUAUUAGCAGUGGACACGACAUGUACAGAAGUAAGACAGUGGAACAGCCAGCGAAAUCGACUAAUCCAUUUGAGGAAUCUACCAAUCCUUUCGAUGACGAAGAAGAUGACUCCAAUCAAUACGAUUCAAAUCUAAAUCCAUUUGAACAGGGUAAACGUUUAAACUAAAGCUUGCAUACCAAAUCAAAAAAGAAAAUCUUUUAUCCAAUAAAAAGGUGUUUCCACAAAAGUUGAAACUUA